UGAAAUUGAUUUCGUCGGUUUUGAAACUGUAAACAAUGUCUCGUUCUGGAAAUUUCACCACUCACACAUACUACCUCAGCAAGGCGUCGCGACGCAGCACCCGAGUAUAUCCACCGUCACGAACCCGAACUUUGACAGUUGCUACUGAGUGCGUGCAGGUUGCGUGUGUUCUUGUUUGGUGGUGCUGUUGAAAAACGCAAAAUAAAUUUCCUUUUUCGUCGAGAAAAUUGGAAAACUGGUGAAAAUGUCGCGAUCGCGGUCCACUUUUCUCGAGGCGGAUUCGUCGCUGAUAGAUAGGAACUUGCGGUUUGUGCGGGAUGAGACUGAGGAGCAGUUCAAUAGCAUGUUUGGGCCGAUUGUGGAACAGGCGCAGGACAUCAGCAGCGGACGAUCCAAAGUGGUGAAACCUCUACCAGGGUUCUGUAUCAAGGCAUUCCGGAAGGACACGCGCGAAAAGUUUUUCAUUAACGUGUGUCAAACCGAUGGUAUUCCGGCACCGGAGGACAUUACCGAGGACCAACUGAUGGCCAUUCUGAACGAUGGCAGCCCCAGUUCAUUUAAAAUUCCCAUGAGCAUCACCCAGCCGCGAUUUAUGAAAGACCACGUGGAUAAACAGUGCCAAGUGUGUGACAUUGCAGUAAAUUCGAAGUUUUUCAAGAAAAUUGAGUCCGGUGGGUUGAUGCGAGAUUUUCUGAUUACGAUCGUGUUGGAGGGAAUCGAUUCGAAGUAUAAUAUCGUCCUCGACGAGACCGAUUGGCGCUUGCUGAAGAACAAAAAGUUCGUUGACAAACUGACUGCCCACAACAUCCAAAACCGAGACGUAAAAACGGUCCUGGAAAGCUACAAGCAUCCAACGGAAAGCGAUCUGCAUAAGAUAAAGGAACUGGAAACGCCAUCGCUGCUGGGUAGCGAAAAGCCGAAAAAGAAGCUAAUUGAAGAGAUUGAUCCGGUCACAAUCAAAACGAUGAAAGACGUCAGAAAUAAGCUCUCCGGCAAGGAUGAGUACGUGCCGGAUCCCACGAAGGUGGCUAUUUCACAAGCUGCUUCCAAGAAACCGGACUGUCGACUGUUCCGUCAGCCAGCGAGUGGUCGGGUGAAGACACUGAUUGGGGAGUUCUACUUGCCAGAAUGCACUUCGGUCAAAGAAAUCACCUUGGAUAUUGGAGAGGACAGAAUCCUUCUGGAAGCCAGGAAGAAAGGUUACCUGCUGGACGCAUUUGUAGACUACCAGAUUGAUGGAGGUCGUGUAAGCGCCCAAUUCAAUACCGAAACAAAGAUGCUCAACGUAAUUAUGCCAGUUGUCAACCAGCGUGCUUGAAUCAGCCAGAAGGAUUUAUCUGACAUUUUCCUAAAUCAAUAUGGUAAGGUAAGAAAUAAUCAUUAAGUUUCCUUAUUGUAAAACGAACAA